AUGCACGGUGAGUGGAACCUCCAUGCUGAAGCCGCCUUGGCGGCGGCACUUUUGAAACCCAAACGCCUAGCCCUCACCGCUUCGUCGUCUUCAGCACCGGCACCCUUGGCGAUCGAGAAUUGCAACAUUCCGGUUUCAAAAAAAGAGUCGUCCCCCAAGAAUACCAAGAAGGCUGAAGCAUCAUCGUCCUCGUCAUCUUCUACAUCGGAGGAGGCCGAAGACGAGCAAGAGGAGACCGAGGAUGAGCAGGAGGAGACUGAUGAUGUGCAACAGGAACCCGUCAUGCCCGAAUACUACCAGUGGACUGAUGAUUGGCACGAUGUUUACGCUCAGCUGUUGCACAUCUACGAAAGUUCCGAGCUUAAUACCAAGCGGCGUAGGAUCAUGGACACGCUUUUGGCUGACCUUCGCAAAGCGAAGGGGCACUUUGAUGCAGAAAACCAAAUGACGACUGCCUACAAGAAAGCAUUGGACGAAGUCAAGAACCAUGUAAUGACUGAACUGAAGACCCCCAUCGUGAUCACCAAUGAGACUGUUUCCGGAUCCGUGAACGACUUGCCACUCAAGGAGCACUUCCAUCAGUACAAGGCCAAGACGUUGGUGGAUAUCAUCGAGAAUGUCGCUCUGCAGGAUGUGCCAUGGGAGUCGAUUGCGGCGUGUCUUGCCAAUGAACGAUAUACUGAACUCCCACCUCCGUUUCGCACCGACCGUGUUUCAGACACUGAGUUCGUACUCCAGAUUGGGGUUAUCAAGAAUUCCACCGGCUCCUUCGGCACUGUGAUCAAGCACUUCAUCUUUGCAGACAAGACUACUUCGUUACGCCACAUAGAGGAAAUUGUACAUGGCACUGGGUACCUCAUCGACUACUCACCCAACUUUCGAAGUGGACCUUGUGCAUUCCAAAUUCUUCUGCACAGAAUGUCUCACUGGAUGGUGUCGUUUCGUCGGCUAGAGCAAAAGCAGCCCAAGCCGGCCAAAGAGGAUUGUGGUGAUCUCCAAGUCGGAUUUGACUACAUUCGAGAGUUCGGCCCGAAAUCCAACAUGGGAAAUGGCCAGACUGAGUGGGCUGAAAUUGAGACCCGCAGACUUGGAGGACCGCUGCAUGGUUGGAGUGCGGGCUUAGUCAAGGAAUGCCUGCGAAACCAUUCAGCUUCGAAUGUUUACGCUCGUCCAGUCACCAACUUCUUCUUGACACUCCACGACGUCGCAGGUUGGUUUUUCGAUGACGUGUUGGUUGAGAUCCUGGGUGACCUCAAAAGCCACACUUUGGUGAUGAUGGGGAUGGCCGAAACAGGGAAAACACCGGUGGCUCAAGCCAUCGCAAUGGCGAUCUCAGAAUACCAUAUACUGGUUGGUGGGAAAGAGCAGGAACUGCGGCCGUCCUUUCGCCUCGUUGCUUCCCUGGACCAGCUGCGAGGUGAAGCCGGCAUCAAGGAACGUCCGGAUAUCCUUGAUGACCCGGAUACCAGCGUCAUGUCCGUGACGAAGCUGAAAGCUUUCCUUGACAGCACUCUUACCGAGACACACACCGUGGAACGAUGGACCACUUCAAAAUUCGUACGCAAUCAGCUCCGAGUGAUUUGCGACAAUCGAGUGGAUGAUGAUGCCGAGCCAGACUUACCGGAGUCCGAAGGCUUCAUUAAGUUCGAGACCUUUAUGGACAUCAUCUCACCAGCCUUCCCCGACAAGUGUUCAAAGCAGGACCGUAUGGCCUGCCUCAAACGGGCGCAUUGGAUCGUAAACAUGAAGAAGGCUCUCUAUCUUCGACCUGCCGGUACCAAGACAGUUCCUGUCAAGCGCAUCCCCUACUUGCACGGCCAGACUGACUUCUUGAACCAAGAGGGCAAGGAUAUCUUACAGGCCAUGCGCGAUGGCAUUGAGACACCCCCAAAGAAUUGGGUCCAAAAGAGACAAUGGACUCACGAUGUCCUGAGCAUGAUCAUCGAGAAGAAAGAGCGACCACGUCGCACUGCCACGAUUUUGAUUCCCGGGUCAGGCGGUAACGGUCCCACUUCUCGUGACUCAAAGCCACAAGUUCCAUUCUCAGGCCGCAUUUGUCCAGACUUCUUGCCGACCGGGGACACCGCCGCUUCUAUGGAGGACAGGUGCGAGGCUUCCUCUUCUUUGCCAACCGCCGCUAACGUUGCCUUAAAGACGGAGGUUGAAGAGAAAGCUUUCUUCCCGCUCAUGGUGGCGUCCCACGCAGAUGACGUCAUUGACUUGGCCACGCCAACACCUCCUCGCUGUAAGCGUCCUCGGCUAGAUGAUGCCUUUCCCGACGUGGGCGAGGACGUCGACGAGCACUGCUUUGAGAGCGAUGUAGCCUUCCAAAAAUAUCUCAUUCACCGUCGUGUUCUCGACGCGGGCUAUGGCAACAUCGCCAAAAAGACGAUUGCGAAAUGGCGUGACGUCUUCCAGAGGGCUAUCGGUGCUGCUCUGGACAAAAUGGACUGCAGGGUCGUCGGUGGCAAGAAGGAGACGGUCGUCAUGGACGAAGCCAUCGCUGCCAGCUCGAACACUUCAUGGGUCAGAGAAGGCUUCACGCACCGGGCCACAGCUCCUGAAGAAGCCGGCUUCAACACACAUGAAGCGGCCAUGUGGUGUGAUGAAAACGAUCCUGAAGAAGCCUGCUGCCGUUCGACCACCAGCCAAACGACUCAAGAAGACUGCCGCAAACCUCAAGACAAACGGUGCCUGGCUAUGGCUUGCUGUCGCUGUGGGCAAGAACAAGGAGAUCUACACCCAUGA